AUGGAGAUUGUUGUCAUUUUCGGAUGCUUACUGGAAGAUGGCCUUUGCAGACCCUCUGAGACCUGCGCCAAUGACGGAGUGUUUGGAAGGUGCCAGAAGGUUCCCACAACAGACAUCUACCGCUAUGAGGUGUCGCCUGGGGUCCAGCAGCGCCUGAGGGCCACCUUGCAGCAGCUGUCCCGAGCAGGUUUCACAUGGCAGGAUGACUACACCCAGCAUGUGCUGGCCCAGGAGCUGUCACAUGUCCCCAGAACCUACCUGCGGCGUCCGGAGGCUGCCCAUCUGGCCAGAAGCUGGAAGCCGAGUGUCAAUGAUGAAAGGAGGUAUGGUCUGGAGGGCGACCUCAUGCUGGCCAAGGCCCUUGAGCCCUACCUGCCGUACCUGGAGGCCCUGUCCAAGGCUGAUGCCUCAGAUGUGCUCCCCAGGAUGAAGCCAGACAGACGGGCAGCUCAGGAUGAGGACCCUCAGGACAACAGCAUGCUGACCUAUGGGGCCCAAACGUCCGCUCUAGCCUACGCCCCUUCCUCUAGGCCUGGGCACCACUCGGGCCUCCCACUGCAGACCCUCAGCCAGCUCCAGCCAGACGAGCUCAGUCCUCAGGGGGACAGCCGAGUGCAGAAGCGGACACUGCUCCUGAAGCUGAUGGCCUACUUGUCUAUGAUCCCUGCCUCGCCCACCAAGGCUGGCCCCCUCACGCCCUACGAUCUCAUGCGCAUGCCAUGGAGAAUCUCCAGUAAGCGGCUUUCACUUCCAGAAGACCCCAAUGACCCCCCAGGCACAGGUGAUGGGCAGAUGCCAGGUACCUGGGAGACAGGCACCUUCAAGGUGCACACUUCCCUGUGCAUCCAGAAAAGGGAAGGUGUCAUGUCUAUGCCAGGUGAAUUCAGCAGCUGGUACUGGAGGGAGAGUGAUGAAGAUGGUGAUAGUGAUAAUGAUAGUGAUGACAAAGAUGAUGAUGGUGAUGAUGAUAGUGAUGAAGAAAGUGAAGAUGAUGGCAGUGGUGGCGAUGGUGGUGAUGGUGACAAUGGUGGUGAUGGUGGUGGUAAUGAUGUUGAUGGCGGUGAUGAUGGAGCACGUGUGCAGAAUCUCCUGAAGGACCCAAGACAACACCACGUUGAUGAGGAGACGCUGGGCCCCCUGGACCUCGACGAAGUGGCCCGUGUGACUGCUGGCACCGUGCACGGUGUGGGCACAGCGGGGGAGUGGGAUCCCUGGAGAGGAGCUGGAGGGAAGCCAGGGGAGCCGGCAGGCAGCUCAGAAGCAGCUCUGUUCAAAGUCAGCGACGAGCGCGGGGACAGCAUUCAAGAGGCUGGCAUGGAAGCUGGCAUGUCGCUCGACUCGAAGCGAGAACGUAGGAAUAGGUACCAGCUCCACCAGGACAAGGUGUUUGCGAGGCAGUCAGUGAUCAAGAGGACUCCCACCCACCCUGAGGGCUGGAGGGUCUGGAAGGUGCCUGGGUGGGGUGGUUGUGUUCAGGAGGGCAAGGUCAACCUUGCGAGCCUUGGCCUUGGGGACAUCCUGCAGGACCCUGGGUCUCGACUCCCACUGGGAGCCCCACCUGCUGUGGAGACCAAGAAAUCAGAGGACCCCGAAGCCUCCUUGUCUUCCGAGGAGGACACUGCCGGCGUGGAAAAUGUGAAGAGUCAGACCUACUCCAAAGAGCUGUUGGGGAGGCUGCCGCAUAUGGAGUCCCAGGUUGACGGAUUCGGGGAGUUCCCACACUGGGUCCCCGGGCCCUCGCGGGAGGACUCGCGCCUCAGAGCAGGAGCUCGGAGCGGCCCCAAUGAGGGCUUGCGGCUGGAGGUCAAGUCUCCCGAAGAGGAGCACGGCUACAUCGUGACAGACCAUGACCCCCUGAGCCUGGAGAAAGGGAAGGAGUUGCUGGAGGACAUCACACGUCUGCUCGAGAUGCCGACCAACAUCGUUGCAGACACCGAUGUCCUGGGACCAGCAGUGACCUUCAGAGUGGGCGCCAACAUCCAGAAUGUGACGACCGCGGAUGUGGCGAAGGCAGCAGUCGACAACAAAGACAAGCUGGAAAGAUCAUCGGGACUGAAAAUCCUUCAGGCCGGAGUGGGGUCGAAAAGCAAACUCAGGCUCCUGCCCCACCCGGCAGAGCAAGAGGACUCCACCAAGUUCGCGGUGCUCACCCUGCUGUCAGUGGCUGUCAUCCUGGGUGUCCUCCUGGCUUCCGGCGUCAUCUACUGCCUGCGGCACAACUCUCACCACCGGCUCAAGGAGAAGCUCUCCGGCCUCGGGGGGGACCCCGGCCCAGAUGCCACCGCUGCCUACCAGGAGCUGUGCCGUCAGCGCAUGGCCGUGCGCACGUCCGAUCGCCCGGAGGCCCCGCACGCAUCCCGGGUCAACAGCGUGUCCUCGCAGUUCAGCGACGGGCCAAUGCCCAGCCCUUCCGCUCGGAGCAGCACCUCCUCCUGGUCCGAGGAGCCGGCACCGCCCAACAUGGACAUCUCCACCGGCCACAUGGUCCUGGCCUACAUGGAGGACCACCUGAAGAACAGGAACCGGCUGGAGAAGGAGUGGGAGGCGCUGUGUGCCUACCAGGCGGAGCCCAACGCCGCGCUCGUGGCCCAGAGGGAGGAGAACACGCCCAAGAACCGCAGCCCAGCCGUGCUGACCUAUGACCACUCCAGGAUCCUGCUGAAGUCAGAAAACAGCCACAGCAACUCGGACUACAUCAAUGCCAGCCCCAUUAUGGAUCACGACCCCCGGAACCCUGCCUAUAUCGCCACCCAAGGACCACUGCCGGCCACCGUGGCUGACUUCUGGCAGAUGGUGUGGGAGAGCGGCUGCGUGGUCAUCGUCAUGCUGACCCCCCUGUCAGAGAACGGUGUCCGGCAGUGCUGCCAUUACUGGCCCGACGAAGGCUCCAACCUCUACCACGUCUACGAGGUGAACCUGGUCUCCGAGCACAUCUGGUGUGAGGACUUCCUCGUGAGGAGCUUUUACCUGAAAAACCUUCAAACCAACGAGACGCGCACAGUGACCCAGUUCCACUUCCUGAGCUGGUAUGACCAGGGAGUGCCGUCCUCCACGAGGUCCCUCCUGGAUUUCCGCAGAAAAGUAAACAAGUGCUACAAAGGCCGCUCUUGUCCAAUAAUUGUCCACUGCAGCGACGGCGCAGGCAGGAGCGGCACCUACAUCCUGAUCGACAUGGUUCUCAACAGGAUGGCCAAAGGCGCUAAAGAGAUCGAUAUCGCUGCCACCCUGGAGCACUUGAGGGACCAGAGGCCAGGCAUGGUCCAGACAAAGGAGCAGUUUGAGUUUGCGCUGACGGCGGUGGCCGAGGAGGUGAAUGCCAUCCUCAAGGCCCUCCCCCAGUGA